GCAACUCCUAUUUUCCUUCAUCUCACUUCACAUCCAAUUCUAACCAUGGCCGGCGGAAAAUUCAAGAAGCCCCAGCGCGGAGGUGGCAGAACCUUCAGUCGUCGCAUCGAGGCUGUUCACACCAACUCCAACUCUUACCGUGAUAGAGAGGAGUCCGAGGGAGACUCCUCAGCCGAGUCCUCGGAGGCCUCUGGCUCCGGAUCUGAAUCCGAGGAGGAGUCUGAGGAAGAAGCUGUCGUUGUUCCUAAGAAGAAGACCGCUGCCAGUGCUCUCGAUGUUGAAAUCGCAAACCCCAACCGCGCCGGUGGAAGCAAGAACUUGAAGGCGUCUGACCUUACCACGCCUGUUGAGAUGUCUCGCAAAGAGAGAGAGGCUGCUGAGAAGGAGGCUGCCAAGCAAAAGUACUGGAAGCUUCAUCAGGAGGGCAAGACGGACCAGGCCAAGGCUGACAUGGCUCGCUUGGCCGUCAUCCGUCAAAAACGUGAGGAGGCUGCUGCUCAGCGUUUGGCCGAAGCCCAAGCAAGAGACGAGGCUGCUGCGGCCAAGGCCGAAGCCCGCAAGCGUUAAACCGCAUGCGAUGGUCGAAAUAUUUAGAGUCCUUUUUUAUGGUGCCACAUCGUGCAGAAGUAGAGAUGAAUAAAUCAGUG